AUGGCCAGCAUGGGGCUGCAGCUGCUGGGCUUCUUCCUGGGUCUCCUGAGCCUGCUGGGCACAGUCAUCGCCACGCUGAUGCCCCAGUGGCGCCGCACGGCGUACGUGGGCUCCAACAUCAUCACCGCCACGGCGUACAUGAAGGGCCUGUGGAUGGACUGCGUGUGGCACAGCACGGGCGUCUACCAGUGCGAAAUGCACCGCUCCAUGCUGGCCCUGCCUCCGGACGUGCAGGCUGCCCGCGCCCUCAUGGUCCUCUCCUGCGUCAGCUCUGUCCUGGCCAUCGCGCUGUCCACGCUGGGCAUGAAGUGCACGUACUGCGCUCAGGGAGGCACCGCCAAAAACUGCCUGGCCAGGACCGGAGGAGUCUGCUUCCUUUGUGCAGGGCUCUCCUGCCUCGUCACCGUGUCCUGGACCACGAGCGACACCAUCCGAGACUUCUACAACCCCUUCUACAACUACGGCAUGAAAUAUGAGAUAGGCUGGUCUGUCUAUAUCGGCUACGUCUCGGGCCCCCUCAGUGUGAUUGGUGGAGCGAUCCUGUGCUCAACCUGCGGAGAGUCCCACCACCGGCCCAGCCGUGCCGCCAGACAGCCUCUGCCAGCCCCAACAUGCCAGCCCCCCGCUGCCUACCAGAGCAACCACACGCCCUCUCCCACCUCUGCAUCAAGCAGUGGUUACAGACUCAGUGAUUACGUUUGAACAGUGGUUGUGUUAAAGCAAACAAAGGCCAUAUUAUGAGAGGUACAAGAUUUUCAGAGUGUUUUUUUUUUUCAGUUCACAAGGUCAUAGUACUUUAGUGUGAAUUGUGUGCUUUUGUUUUGUUUUGUUUUGUUUUCCCGUUUAAAUCUCACACCUCAAACAUUUCACAAACUGAACUGUAGUACAUUUUUAAUUAGAUAACAUUUCCAGUUACUCAAGUGAACUUUAAGAUGUUCUUGUUUUGCCUGUUGAUAAUCUCUAGAGUCUAGACCAUGAGCUAAGUUUAGGUGAACAGAUGUCACAUGCAUGUCUAUGCGUAGAGUAGGCUAUUGAAAGUCUAAAGUACACUAUCAAAACUAACGCUUGAGUGUAUAAAAUCUGGACUAGACUGUAAUAUCUAUCUACUGCCACAUCUAAUUGCAUUGUGCGGUACGUUAUUUGUUUUGAUGUUGCAACCCAUUGGACACAUACAGUACAAACAUGGGCUUGUAUUGUUUGUUAGUUAAUUUGGUGUCAAGAGUGUGAUGUUCUUUUGUCAAAAUCAAUGUUUCCACCUCAACUGACUAAAUUUCAGCUAUUU